AUGUCGGACGAGCCGUCGCUCCCCAGACUGCCCCCCCCGGCCGUCUCGUGGGACGAAAAGUCGCAGAGGUUCAACCGCAAACGCGUCCGCGGCAGCCUGUGCUCGAGCGACCCGGCCUUCUUCUCCAGCGAUGACGACCCGGGCCUGGACAACUACGUGCAGGGACGGUGCAAGAAGCGCUACGUCGGCUCCUGGUUCCAGCAGCACCCAGAGUCGGAUGCCAGCGACGGCGUCGGCGUCGGCUCCGUCCGGCCGAAGCGGAAGCGCACCUUGGUGCCCGUCGACAGCGGCGUCUUCCUCGGCAGCGACAGCACCGACGACUUUGACGUGCCGCCGAUGCCCGCAUCGAGGCUACCGCCGCCCGCAUCGAGGCCGCCGCCGCCCGAAAAGGCCGGGCCGCGCGUCUCGGAAGCCGAGGCGGCGGCGCGCGACAGGAUCCGCCAAUGCAUCGAGCGAGGCGACGAGUCCAUCGACUUCUGGUCCAUGGGCCUCGAGGAGCUCUCGGACGAGACCGUCAGUCCGCUGGCGACGUUUGCCUGCAUCCCGGUCGUGACCAAGGACGUCGCCUUUGAGCAAAAGGAGCCCGAGCUCAAGCUGUACCUGGCCAUGAAUCUCCUGCAACGGCUCCCCGGCGCCCUCUUCGACCUCACCCACCUCACCAUCCUGAGCCUGCGGGGGAACAGGCUGACGGAGCUCCCGGCGGCCAUCUCGAGGCUGCGAAACCUGCGGCAGCUGAACGUGUCGCAGAACGAGCUGCGGUGGCUGCCGGCGGAGCUGCUCGAACUGCUGGAGGGGGACCUGGACCUCGUCGCGCACCCGAACCCAUUUUACGAGCCGGACGAGCCGUUCGAGCCGAGGAAGGAAGGGGACCCGGCGGGACGGCGACGGCCGGCGCGGCAUCUCGGGCGAUCCCACCUGCAAGUGUCCGACUCGCGAGGCGUGAGGUCGACCUUUACGCUUCCCCAGACGGAGCUGGUCGCCGUCGAUCGAGGCGCGCCCGCGAGCGCCGACCGGCCGAGCGCCGUUCCCAGCCUCGUCGAGGCCGCCCUCCGGAGCUGCCACUCGAGCACGCAGCUGGCGGAGCUCCAACACUACAUGCCGGACGGCCUGUGCCACCUGCGGCGGCUGCUGGAGCGCACGACGAGGCAGAAGGAGAUGGGCGGCCUCGGCUGCUCGCGGUGUCGACGCUUGAUUGUCGUGCCGACGGUCGAAUGGAUCGAAUGGCGAGAGCUGGACGGGACGCCCAGCCGGCGCGAUGCCGUGCCCUUUCUCCACCGGAUGUGCUCGUGGGUGUGCGCCAUGAGGAAGCUCGGAGCUGCCGUCGAGUGA